CACUCGCUCCGCGCAUGCGACGUACAGACGUACACUCCGCCAUUGAGGGACCCACGAUCUGGAGGAAAGGGUCAGAGAGGUACUUCUACCACCGGCGAGUGUACGUUUCUCUUAUCUCCUGCUAGAACUUUGGCUUCAGCUACCGUUUUUAACACCUGACUCGAGCUUUUGACUUAUUUUCUGUGGAUGUUCUUGGUUUUAAAACUGUCUUUAUCGCCACUACCAGGGAGCGUGUUUUUUUUUAAGUAGAUUCUAGAAGUAACGGGCAGCAGCUAUAACGAGGCUACAGCAGGCUAGCUAACGUUAGCCAGCGACCUGGCUAGCUGCACACGAGCUGAGCUUUGCUCGGUGGUGGCGGUGGGGCGGGGGGACGGUUUGCCUGUAGUGUCAUUUGAUGGAUCCGAGAAUCGCCUGGCUUCAACCAGAACAACGCGGACCCGCUAACAACCUGUGGAUGCAGAUUUGGGAGACGACGCAGGGAUUCGGCUACUUGUACGUGAAUAACAGCUAUACCACUGGACCUCAGAGCACGACGAGCCUAAAAGCCAACGUCAACGGGGCGUCGGGAGCUGUCCUCGUCGAAGGAAACGGGGCAGCCGACUCAAACACCGGCAGCAGCGGGGAAGCCAAGACUCAGGGGAUGUCGGCCUCUAUGAGGGAUGGAGAAUUGACGGAUCAGCGGGACUUUAUACCACUUGAAACUAACAGCAACCACAACAGUCGAGCCGCUGGUCGGGGCGGUGGCGGGGGGCAGUGGAGAGGAGUCUUGGACGGACACCCCAACAAAAGAAAACGGGACAACAAAGCUAGCACUUACGGAUUAAAUUCCAGCCCUUUCAUUAGUGGCAACGACAUCAACACGGGUGGAUAUAGUGGUUACACGGGCACGCCAUGGAAAGAAAGGAACUACUCAGAAGGAAUUAUAGGGCUACAUGAGGAGAUCGAAGACUUCUAUAAGUACAUCUCCCCACGGCCGGAGGAGGAGAAGAUGAGACAGGAGGUGGUGGAAAGAAUCACGGGAGUCAUUUUAGAACUUUGGCCCAGUGCUAAGGUUCAGGUGUUUGGGAGUUUCAGCACUGGUCUUUACCUGCCAACGAGUGACAUUGACCUGGUAGUUUUUGGGAAGUGGGAGACUCUUCCCCUCUGGACUUUGGAAGAGGUGCUCCGGAUGAAAAACAUUGCAGAUAAAAACUCCAUCAAAGUUUUGGACAAAGCCACGGUUCCCAUCAUCAAACUGACAGACUCCUCCACUGAGGUCAAAGUGGACAUCAGCUUCAAUGUGGAGAGUGGUGUUAACGCUGCGUGUCUCAUCAAGGAUUUCAAAGAGAAAUACCCUGUGCUGCCUUACCUGGUCCUGGUGCUGAAGCAGUUUCUGUUGCAGCGAGACCUCAACGAGGUUUUUACUGGUGGAAUCGGCUCCUACAGUCUCUUUCUCAUGGCUGUCAGCUUCCUGCAGCUUCACUACAGAGAUGUGCGUAAACCCAACAUCAACUAUGGUGUUCUGCUGAUUGAAUUUUUUGAGCUCUACGGUCGCAACUUCAACUAUCUGAAAACGGGCAUCAGGAUAAAAGAUGGCGGUAGCUACGUUGCCAAGGAUGAGGUUCAGAAGAACAUGAUGGAUGGAUACCGGCCCUCCAUGCUCUACAUUGAGGACCCGUUGCAGCCAGACAACGAUGUUGGCCGCAGCUCUUAUGGUGCCAUGCAGGUGAGGCAGGCAUUCGACUAUGCCUAUGUGGUGCUCAAUCAUGCCGUGUCACCCAUCGCCAAGUUCUACCCCAACAAUGAGCGUGAGAGUAUACUUGGCCGGAUAAUCCGUGUGACUCAGGAAGUGGAUGAGUACAGAGAAUGGAUCCGCAAGACCUGGGGAAGCCCAUCCCAGAAUAAUGUGCCACUCAACAGAAAUGAAGUCACCUUGUUUGAGUCGCAGCAGCUUGAUGAGCGCAACAACAAUGUUUCCGAUGAUGACGACGAUGCUGUGGUGGCUGUACCUUCAACUGCUCUCAGCAAAACCUCCUCCAACUCUUCUUCCCCGUCGCUGCGCUCCUCUCCCUCCUCCUCUCCGCUGUCGCCAUCUUCCACGACCUCCACUUCCACCUCAAGUGACGGGGACUCUGAUGGCACACCUUGUAAGACUGCCAAGCAGCAGCCCAGCCGAGGAUCUAGCGUUCACAGAGAAAAGCCUGCUGCAUUCAGCAAUCACAGAACACAAAGCCACACUACCAGCACUCCACCUGGAAGCAACAAAGGAGGAAAGGCCAGGAUGUCUCGUUCUCACCAAAAGAGUGGCCAUCACGGACAGCAGAACAACUCCUCCUCCUCUGGUGGCAAAAACCACCCGAACAACAAGCCGCACCACCAGGCCAACAGCAAGAGGAGGAAAAAUGUGCGAGACUCAACACAAGAGGAUCUCUACAGAUAGGCUUCUUUUAAGGAGUGGGGUUUCCUUCCCACAGUCAGCACCUACACAACAUGCCUCUUGCGCCUCCUGCUGUACGGGAAUGGACAAAUCAGGUGUCUGGAAUCGACUCUGGAGCAAUACCUGUAACUGCUGGCUGGAAAAAAUAGGAUCAAAAGUUUUAUUAAAGAAAAAAAAUGAGCAAAUGGCUUAAAAUAUAUAACAAAAAAAAAAAUGUUAUGUUGAACAAAAAAUGUGUAUGAAGAUUUUUUUUAUGGCAGUCAUUUACAAAUGCAAUCAGUAAGAGUGGGGAAAUAACUUAUGCAUGAUAUGUUUUAGUUGGUUAAAUCAGUUUUGUUAUGUUUAAACAGGUUAUACAAGAUUUGUACACAAAAAAAAAACACACACAAAAUGAGCAAAAAACUGUUAGAAAUAAGAGGAACUUGUUUCGUAUGACGUUUUUACAGAUUAUACCAAUUGAAGUCAUGUAAACAUGCACAUUUUGUGCCCGCUGCUUUUUGGCCAAAGCCAAGAGCCAAUUUGGGUCUCAUUGCCAACAGAAAUCAUCAGCAUCUAGUUUUACUCCUGUUUGCUCCCUGUGAGUGUGCUACAGUGUUAACAGUUAGCCUUGAGUGAGCCUGCGCUCACGCCACAGCCCUAUAGAUGAGUAGAAGAAGCUCGAGUUCUCUCAUCCAGCUCAGUAGCACAGUCACAGCAGUGUAGAGGCUUUAAGACUACAGGUUUGAAAUAUACAUAAUGGUUUUAUUGAAAGACAAAAUCCUACACUUGAAAAUGUGUCAGCAACGCUAUGAUCUGAUAAUUUACCAUCUACGAAAUCAUUUGUAUUUGUUAAAUGUAUUUAUUUUUUUAUUAAUUGUAUGGACAUAGUAUGGAUAGAUGUGUAUAUUAACAUUAGAGCCCAUAUCCUGGAGUCCUAUAUUUGAAAUAGGAUAAGUUGUGGGGAGGUGGGCUGGGGACAGAUAUACAGAAAAAUGCCACCUUAAUUUUACUUUUUUUUUUUUUUUUUUUUUUUUUUUUUUUUUUUUUUUCCUUCCUCCUUUCCAUUGACAGUUGAGUGACCAAGUUACUUUGAACAAUUUGAGACCAUUUUACAUUUAUAUGGUGAGAAUUUUGUGUUAACGUGGCCGGUCUACUUAGUUUAAAAGAGACGAUUUGUUUUCCAGCUUAUAAAGCGACAACACUUGUCGUUGCAGUACAACAACUAACCUGUAGAUGGAGUCAUUGUUUUAAGUCUUAAUCCACAGAGUUUGGGCUUGUAUACUGCAUUUGGAUGUUUUGGGGUUGUUUUUUUUUUUUUUUUUAGAUUGACAUAAGCUUGUCAUCUGACUAGGCAGCUGCACAUAAAAACAGUUUAAGCUGAAAGUUUGCUUGGAGGGAGUCACACCAAAGCACAGUGCAGUCCCCUCGUUGUCUCUCUCUCUCUCAAAUGUGACAAGAAUUGCCCACAAUAAGACAAGUAGCCAGCAAUAACCACCACCUCACAUUAUUUAAUGCUACUCCACAAUGACUACUGUAGCUACACAAUGCUAUGCUCACCACUGAGCUACGUUAUGUGUUAAGAUGGAGAAGCACAAAUUUAAGUCCACUUAAUGUUUUAUUUGGUGUUGAAAUGUUUAAAAAGUACGGUUCCACCACCCGCCCACCCACUCCCCCAUGCACCAGUACUACAGGUGAGGUUAAAAAUGCAGUAUAUAAGCGCUGGUCUUGUGGUCGACAGACGAGGUGAAUCAAGUUGUGCCAUCUGAAUGUCCACUGAGCGUGUUUCUUCACUGCAGGAAAACUUUGAACCCAACUGUACUCAUUUGAAAUGUUGUCUCUCUACAGCUAUUACAAUCCCAUGCAAUAAAAACAAUACCAUUAAACUUCG